AUGGCCGAUCAGGAGAACGGCGGGAGCAAAAGAGACGGCGAAGAAAGUGUUCCUGUAAAUGAGCAGGAACUUGAGGCUGACAAGGAACAAGAGCAGCGCCGAGUGCGACUUCGUACUACUUUUAACACUCAAGCGAAUGCGCUUUUGCGGAAAAAUGUUACGUUUCAGAAACGCAACUGGGGAACCAACUGCUGCCUGGUGUCCAUGCCCAUCCUCAUGUGCGUGCUGCUCAAGGUCCUCGAGAUUGCCAUCAACGCCAUCCUCAGCGGCCCGGACUACCGCUGCGGCUGCAUCUGCACGGCCACGGGGCAGAACAACACGGACUCGUGCCCCGAUCCUAGUCAGCAGACGUGCGGCCCGCAGUAUUCCAACAACAAGCAGACCGCCUUCUGCGCCGUGCCGAACCCGUACAUGUACCCCGCCAUGGUCCAGGUGCCCACCCAGUACUUUCGGGCUGUCCUAACGCAGCAAAAUAAUUAUCCGGGCCUGCCAGACGCCUCCUGCCGCUCAGCAUCAAACCUCAACCAAUCAUGCCCGGCCAUUUUCCUCUACACGGGCCAGAACCAGACGCUUGCCAACGCCAUGGGCGCGUAUCUAACAAGCCCCUUCGACCUCAAGGCAUGGCAGACCAUGCCAGGUGUCAACAUCUCCACGGGUAGCUCCAGCUCCGCGCCGCCCACUCCGCCGCCCGCGGCGCCUGCUGCGCCCGCAGCUCCUCCCCCCCCUCUUCCCGGCAGCACGAUCGAGUACAAUGGAACUGCGUCUCUCGCUCCUUACCUCUACAAUUUCGCUACGCUCGAGCUGGGCACGAACGCGUCUCUGACGCUGACGCUGAUCAUCGAGCCGGCGUUGACGCCCAUCACAGACGACCCCAGCAAGCUCUACCUGCUGCAGCCCAACUGCUCUUCUCCAACCGUGCUGCAGACGCCCCUCAAUUUCUCCUUCGGCGGCUUCACUAAAGAACCCCUGCAGCUGUCAUGUGUGCCCACCUCGCCGCUGUGGCGAGCAAACACAGCAGCAAUCGACAACGAGUUGUACAACGGGUUUUACCAGGCACAGACGGCUCUCUAUGGGGGGGACGCUACCAGCAACGAGUAUGCCGGAGCCUUUGACUUCAACACCACGUCAGCCAAGCAGUUCAACACCACCGUCUAUUUCAACUCCACCUAUGCGGGAGCUGGCCAGGGGCCCAGGUCUGCCGUGCGCUUCCCCAAGGUCAUGAACAUGGCCACCAAUGCGUACCUCCAAGCGGUGUUCAGCGCAGCAGCGGAGCUCCCGCUUCUAUUCGUGAAGGACUUCCCCAAGGGCUCCACGGGCCUCACCCUCGACUUUGCCUCCAUCAUCGGCCCGCUCUUCUUCAUGUGGAUCCUGCUCCUGCUCUUCCCGGUGUGUGUGGGGUACCUGGUAUACGAGAAGGAGAAGAACCUACGCAUGAUGAUGAAGAUGCACGGGCUGGGAGACAGCGCCUACUGGCUCAUCUCCUAUGCCUACUUCUUCCUCCUCUCCUUCAUCUACAUCCUAUUCUUCGUCCUCUUCGGCUCCCUCAUCGGGCUUAAGUUCUUCCGGAUCAACAACUAUGCGCUGCAGUUCAUCUUCUAUUUCGUCUUUGGCAACUGGCAGAUCGGCUUUGCCAUUCUCGUCGCCACCUUCUUCAAAUUCACCAAGACCGCCUCGGUGGUUGCGUACCUCUAUGUGUUUGGGGGCGGCCUCUUGAGUCAGUUUCUCGUUGGGUAUUUCCUCGAAGUCCCCGACUUUCCAGCCGGAGCGCUGUUUGCCAUACAGCUCAUCCCACCGUUCGCGUGCUACCGCGGGCUGUACGAGUUCGCCCAGUCCGCCUUUAUCGGCGCCUACCAGGCCACUUCCGGCACGCUCACCUUCAGCAACGCGGGCGAGUAUGGCUUCUGGGGCGCCGUGGGCAUCAUGGCUGUUGAGUGGGUCAUCUUCCUGCUGCUCGGACUCUACCUGGAUCAGGUGGUGCCAACUGGCGGCGGGUCGGGGAAGCAUCCGCUCUUCUUCCUUGACGGCAUCAGGGGGCGCCACAAGCACGGCAACACGCUCUCCAGGGCCUCCCGCUCCCACCGCGCCUCCGCCAAAGGCGCAGUCGAGGCGGAGAAGGAGCGAGAGGAUGUCAUGGCAGAGCGAGAGUUGGUGCAGCAGCUGCUCCAGAGGGACCAGCUAGACCACGGCUAUUCGAUUGUCUGUGACAACAUGAAGAAAGUCUACCCCGGGAGGGACGGCAACCCGCCGAAGCUGGCGGUUCGGGCCAUGUCGCUGGCGCUGGCUCGGGGCGAGUGCUUCGGCAUGCUGGGGCCGAACGGGGCGGGCAAGACGACGUGCAUCCACAUGAUGAUUGGACUCGUGAAGCCGAGCUCAGGGACAGCGUUCAUAGAGGGGAAGGACAUUCUGGAGGAGAUGGACGAUGUUUACACCAUCAUGGGCGUGUGCCCGCAGCACGAUCUCCUAUGGGAGCAGCUGACAGGAAGGGAGCACCUCUACUUCUACGGGCGCCUCAAGAACCUGCACGGGCAGGCGCUGCAGCAGGCGGUUCUGGAGUCUCUCAAAAGCGUCAACCUGCUGGCGGGGGGUGCUGCGGACAAGAAGGCCGGCAAGUACAGCGGAGGCAUGAAGAGGCGGCUCUCGGUGGCCAUCUCCCUCAUCGGCAAGCCACCCGUGGUCUACAUGGACGAGCCCAGCACGGGGCUGGACCCGGCAUCGCGCUACAACCUGUGGGCCGUGGUCAAGGAGGCCAAGAAGGACUCGGCUAUCGUGCUCACCACCCAUUCCAUGGAAGAAGCAGAGGCUCUGUGUGACCGUCUGGGCAUAUUCGUGGACGGCCAGUUUGAGUGCAUCGGGAACCCGAGGCAGCUGACGUCGCGGUACGGCGGGUCGUUUGUCUUUACUGUCACCACGCCGGCCGAAGAGGAGGAGGCGGCUGCUGAGCUGGCGAAGUCGCUCUCGCCCAAUGCCAAGAAGGUCUACAGCCUCGCGGGCACGCAAAAGUUUGAGCUGCCCACUGCAGAUGUGAACAUGGCAGAUGUGUUUGCAACAGUAGCCGAGGCCAAGGCACGGAUAUCGAUACGUGCGUGGGGCAUCGCCAACACAACCCUGGAAGACGUGUUCAUCAGCAUCGCCAAGGAGGCUCAGGGCGCUCAUGCUGCUCUGUCUUAG